AGACACGCGCAUGUGUGUAACCCCCUCUUCCCCUCCCUCCCACCCCCUCACACACUGCAGAGACUGUCAUGUGGCCCUCUUGUGGCUUGAGCCUGGCAGACAGAAGAUGACUGGCCGCCUGGGCCUGUGGGAGGAUCUAUGGAAUUCGUGUGCAUGGAUAUUGUUUGUCCCUGAUGAGCUGCUUCUGGGGACUUGACGUUUCUCCCUUAGUCAAGCUAGUCAAGCAGUCCUCAGCCGGUGGCAUCCUUGGACCUCUCACGAGGAAGCCACAGAGCGGUUAGGCUGCUCUGGCAACCCUAGCACCGAGUUGUCAUCGACUUACUCAUGACAGUAAAUAGCAUUGCAUACCUGGGAAUUCUUGCUGUUACAGAUGGACCCACCACAUGCACAGCUCGAACCUGCCAGACUUCUUAACUCCUUCUGCUCUGUGGAGAAGAUAUUGCAGUGCAGUUGUUCCUUCCAUGGGAUCCCCACUCCUUCUGUGCGAUGGUGGGUGGACGGUGCCCCUGUGGAUGUGAACAGUGGACAUGGCCACUUCCAGGUGACCUCUACCACACUUGGUCCCUGGGACAACAGCACCCUCAGCCUGGCCAGGGACCCAGAAAUGGGCACAGUUCUUCUCUGUGAGGGGAAGAACCAACAUGGAAUCCAUGGUCUGAGCAUCCUUCUGAUGUCAAGAAGGGGCCCUUUGGCUCCCCAGAUUUUCCUGGAAGCUCUGCUACGGGGUGUUGUCUAUGCAGCCAUGGCAAUCACACUACUUUUUCUCUGCCUCCUCCCCUUCAUAGUGAAACUUCUCAGGACAAAGCAGGCAAAGAAGUGUGCACAGAUGAGAGAACAGAAGAACUCUGUGGCUGGAACAGACCAGGGAUCCCAUUUGAAGCCCAGGGAGCCUAGGAAAUCCAGAACUAAGCUACCCUCUGAGGAGCAGCUCUCGGAAAAAGAAGAUAAUCUGAAGCCAAGGAAGACCAUGGAAACUGCAUCAUGUACAAAGUUCCCAUCACCCUGGGAAUUACAAAAGCCCAUGGAGACUCCAGAACCCCCAAGUCCAUAAUAAACUUGAGGUCCUGCAGAUCUGA